CUAUUAUAGACCACAGAUUGUCAAAGAGCCCUCGAGGACAAUACCUCGGGCAACGCGAAUGGUCGCGAACGACCUAUUGUCUUCGUCAAUGAAGAUACGCUUAGCACAACCCCGCUGCAUAGUAUAAAGCUUCCUUCGCCCUCGAACUUUCCAUACAACAGCUUCCAAACCCGGCGACACUUUCAUCGACACCUUUGUUCGGCAGCAAUCAAAUCCCACAAAGAACCCCCACAAAGCAUACGCAGCUCUCAAAUACACCCCGCAUCAGAAGAAUCAAAAAUCAUAUCGAGAUGGACCAACUAAUGCACCUACGAGACUCGAUCCUUGGGUAUAUCACCCCAUCAAAGUACCGUCGCAGCACCGUGCUCCCGGUCACUCCUUCACCGACCCCGAACCAUACCUCAACAAAUAACAAAUGGCACACCGAAUCUCACGGUGCAAAGACUGGAGCGGUCCUAGGCGGUCGGAUUUCCAAGAAAUACCUCUCACCAACUGACACCAAGAGGCACCGUCAAAAAUUCAAGUCCAAAGGGAGUCAAUCCUCAUACGUCGAUGAUGCUGGCGGCGAAUCAACUGAGCCAGACGAUGCUACAACUCGCACCCCGCGCACAUCAGCCGGUGGUCAAACUCCAGCAUCGCCAACACCGAAGAUAGUCGAAUCCAUCGAAACCGACGAUACUGAAACCAUUUCGCUGGAAGAUAAGGUUGGCCAGUUCCUGGAACACCAGAAGGCGGCUCUUGAAGCAGGCAUCGGCAGCGGAGAUGAUUGGCACGAGGAUGAACAUGCUUUGUUCGAGGAGCUGAGAAUGCGUGGCUUGCAGCCUUUGCUUCCAGCGCACUGGAGAUCAGACUUUCGCACCGUCCCACCAGCGCUCUUUUCGUAUGAUCCCGAGGAAACUUUUAUCAACUCUGCCUCCGGACACGAUUUCAGAGGUUCAACUGCCUUGCUCUCCCUCGUCACCCUCGGCAGCCGCGUCCGCAGCAUGAUAGCCGGUUCCCGCACUCGCGAAGAGGUCAUCAAGAAGGAGGUUGAGAAUUACAUCAAAUGGGCCGAGUUCGACGGCGGCUACCAGAACAAAGAUUACAUUCCAAUCAUCGCCAUCGUCGCCAGCACGCCCGGUCAGGAUAUUGACUCCAUCUCCAAAGCCAUGACAGACAGUCUUGAGUCGCUCGCCACAGAGCACCGUGAGGAUCUCCUUCUCGAGGGCUCGGACGGAGGCACCCCUGGUGGUGCGCCUACGCUGUAUGCUCGCGUACCUCCGCUUCUGUACGGGAUUGUCAUCGCUGGGGCAAAGGUUAUUUUCAUCACCUUUGAUGCAGCCAAGGAGGACUCCAAGCCGCGGACAAUUGCUCACUUCGAUUUCGAUCAGGCUACUAUGGAUGUAUGGAACGGGUUCGCGGUGGCCAUCUUGGUCGUUUCCGUCAGGAAUUACAUGAUGACGAUCCGAGAGCACUUCGAGGAUGAUGCCAUGGAAAUCAGCGACCCGGAUGCUUGAGAUGUUUGCUAGAUACCGCUUCUUUGUUCAUGCUUCUAUAUACUGUUUGUGGCGCAUUGGUUGGUGGGAGUUUUUGUCUGGCUUUCGGGCCUGGGGCGGUAAAUAGCGUCUGGAGUUUUGCUUGUAUUGAAUGUGGCAAAUACCCUAGCUUGGCGACGUUUAAUUAUAUGGUCAUAGAUUGAUGUUAUUAUGAAAAUACACAAUCUCUU